ACAGUGCUGGACUACAGCAGGUUGCUGACAGGCUGAAACAUGGCAGAAGCUUUCGUGAACAAGGACCUGCUAGGCAACAGUGAAAAGAAGAAAGGUAGCUCCACUGUUGUUCUAGAAGACUUUUUCUGGGAUCAAUUCAUCAAGUACAUCAGCUCAACCAUUCUUGCUCUGACUGUGCUCAAUGUGACCGUGGAAUUCCUCAGAGGAGGUGGAAUAUUCUGUUUCCCUCCCUCUGACAAUUUUGCAAUUAAAAAUCCUAACUUGAAAGGGAAUGACAUAUAUGAAUUUGGACCAGGUCAAACAAACUACAUCAACAAUUACUGUGCAAGGAUCAUUUUGAAGACAGAAUAUUUUCCUAUUUACAUUCUCAUCCAUGGUAUUUUUCUGAUUCUUCCUCACUAUGUUUGGACUUCCAUCCACAGAGGAGAUUUUGGAAGUUUCUUUUCUGUCGUGAACAAGCUGGAUCACCUGAGGAACGACUAUGGCGAAUACGAUUCUAAUAAAUUUGAUCUUGUCACCAGGCUGGAGCAAGCGUACAGUGGACAAAGAAUCUUCUUUAGUUACAUUCUUAAGUUGCUAUGUCAGCUUGCAGUGUGCAUUGGGUCCUUGGCUUUUACUUCUUUGUUCUUUCUUGACUGUGAACUCGCAUUCAGCUUCUGUUGCCCGGAUGUAAACAUUUGCGUUACUCCAGAGGCAAGUCAUAUAACCUGCUCUCGAAUUAUCACCGAUGAAAUUCCUAAAGGUUGGCCAUUGAGCAUUAACGUUCCUUGUAUAUAUACUAGUUUAAGAAUACUUAAUCUGGUACGAUAUGCUGAUCUCGGUCUCUUGGUGAUUGCUACACUAUUGGUUAUCGUUGGUUUGGUUUGGUGUUGUGUUAGGCACACAGAACAACUGGGGCACAAAGAUAUUGCCAAGUUCUCCUUUCAGAGCUGCCUCAACUCAAAAUUUCACAGCUUUCCAUCACCAAUUUACUGGCCUUCACAUAAUUGGUGUUGCCAAUGUUUAACGACUGAUGAUUCUUCGCCAAAAUGGCAAAGGAUAUGUACUUUUAUAUUCACGCACUAUCCUGAGUUGCACUUGAAGCAUUUGAUGAGGCCUAGGAUUGAAAAUGAUACGAAUUUUCUUGUCUUAAUGCUUUUUCGUGCUGAUACUACCCAUGGACAAAUCUUCAAGAGCAUACAAAUAAGCAAGUACUUGAAAGCUCUCAUUGGAAGAGAUAACCAGCAACUACAUUUAUUCUCCAAAGUCUUGCCAGCUAUAGGAGCAGAAAAAGGUUUUCACAGUUAUUUCUAUAAUAAAGAAUUAGAAAGUCCAGAAGUAGGUUUAUUUGAGGAUUGCACAAAAAGUCUGGGCAAUCUAAAGUAUGUUGAGGAAUUGGAUUCCAAAAUGCGAGGUUGUAUCUAUAACUAUGUUAAAGCUUUUAAACAACAUCACUCCCUUGAGAACAACUUGGCUAUUGAUAUCUCUUUUGGAUCUGUGGGCUUUGCCAGAGUUCUAGCGAGGCCAUUUAAAAAGGUCGUCUCAUUAGAUUUUAGUAGUGAUGUUGGGAAACCAACUGAAAUCAGUGAUCACUUUUACGAAGCGUUGAAGCUCCCUGAUAACAGUUUCGCCAAAAACGAUGCCAAUAUUGCAUUGGUAAAAGAUAAAAUAGACGGAGCGAUUGGCAGUGAUCACAUUGACUUGAUUGUUGUCGGGCCACUGUUAGAGGCAUCACCAAAGAAAGUGAUAGUGAAACUGCUCCUAAGUCAUAUAUUCCGUGAUAACUACAAGUGUGAGGGUAAUAAGAACACAUGUCUGCUCAUUGUACGUCCUGUGAAGGUUGGCUCAAAAGAGGUUGGCUCAAAGGAGGUUAAGCCGAAGGGUGACUCAAAGAAGCUCACCAGUCAGUUUUCCCUCUAUGAACCCCCUGAAGAGCAGUUUGAAUCAGUCGACUUGUCAGUGCUAAAUAGUGAUGGAACAGUGAAAGAAAACUCUGGAAAAAAAUGUACAAUCGAGAUCAACGAAAUUUCCUGUGCAUUUGAGUUUGCAGCCUAUAAGUACAGUCCUAAUCAGGAGACUUCUGCAAGUUCACAAGUUGUCUGAGGUACUUCCAAGUUGAGGAAUCCACAAGAAGCGACCUAAUUGAUGUUUUAGAGAACUAUAUAAUAGUAGCAGAGGUCUUAUUUGUGGUUGUAUAGUUAUAUAUACCAGAUGAUACUUUUGUACAUUUUAUAAUUAUGUGUCUGCAAAAAUUAUUGUAGUAUGCAUGCUGGCUGAACUCCAUAGCUAGCUGUUUAUGUUGUGUAUUUAUAAAGUGAUAAGAAGUUGUUAUCAAGUGCA